GACAUGGAGGAGAAGGCCAUACAAAGAUGGAGGCAGAGAUUGGAGUGAUGCAGCCAUAAGCCAAUGAAUUCCUGGAGCCACCAGAAGCUGGACUAGGCAAGGGAAGUUUCCCUCCUAGACUUUUGGGAAGGAGUGCGGACCUGAUUUUGGAGUUCUGGCCUUCAGAAGAGUCUACUCUCUGAAGUAAGAUGAUUUGUCAAAAAUUCUGUGUGGCUUUGUUACAUUGGGAAUUUAUUUAUUUGAUAACUUCAUUUAACUUGGCAUACCCAAUUACUCCCUGGAGAUUUAAGCUGUCGUGCAUGCCACCAAAUACAACCUAUGACUUUCUCUUGCCUACUGGAAUGUCAAAGAACACUUCAAAUGUGAAUGAACAUUAUGAGGCAGUUGUUGAAGCUAAAUUUAAUUCAAGUAGUACCUACUUUUCUAAUUUAUCUUCCAAAACAACUUUUCACUGUUGCCUUUGGAGCGAGGAAGAUAAAAACUGUUCUGUACAUGCAGAUGACGUGGAAGGGAAGGCAUUUGUUGCAACAGUGAAUUCUUUAGUUUUCCAACAAAUAGGUGCAAACUGGAACAUACAGUGCUGGACGAAAGAGGACUUGGAAUUAUUCAUCUGCUAUAUGGAGUCACUAUUUAAGAAUUCAUUCAAGGCUUAUGACCUUAAGGUCCAUCUUUUAUAUGUUCUGCCUGAAGUGUUAGAAGAGUCACUUCCGGUCCCCCAGAAGGGCAGUUUUCUGACUGUUCAGUGUAACUGCAGUGUUCGUGACAGCUGUGAAUGCCAUGUGCCUGUGCCCACAGCCAAACUCAACCACACUCUUCUUAUGUAUUUCAAAAUCACGUCUGGUGGAGUAAUUUUUCAGUCACCUAUGAUGUCAGUUCAGCCCAUAAAUGUUGUGAAGCCUGAUCCACCAUUAGGUUUACAUAUGGAAAUCACAGACACUGGCAAUUUAAAAAUUUCUUGGUCCAGCCCAACAUUGGUACCAUUUCAACUUCAAUAUCAAGUGAAAUAUUCAGAGAAUUCUUCAACAAGUAUGAGAAAAGCUGAUGAGAUUGUCUCAGCUACAUCUCUGCUGGUAGACAGUGUGCUUCCUGGGUCUUCAUAUGAAGUUCAAGUGAGGGGCAGGAGACUGGAUGGCCCAGGACUCUGGAGUGACUGGAGCGCCCCUCUGAUCUUUACCACACAAGAUGUCAUAUACUUUCCACCUAAAAUUCUGACAAGUGUCGGGUCUAACGUUUCUUUUCACUGCAUUUAUAAAAAUGAAAACAAGAUUGUUUCCUCAAAAAAGAUUAUUUGGUGGAUGAAUUUAGCUGAGAAAAUUCCUCAAAGCCAGUAUCAUGUCGUGGGUGACCAUGUUAGCAAAGUUACUUUUCGCAGUUUGAAGGCAACCAAACCUCGAGGGAAGUUUACCUACGACGCAAUAUACUGCUGCAACGAGCGUGAAUGCCACCAUCGCUAUGCUGAAUUAUAUGUGAUUGAUGUCGAUAUCAAUAUAUCAUGUGAAACUGAUGGGUACUUAACUCAAAUGACUUGCAGAUGGUCAACCAAUGCAAUCCAAUCACUCGUGGGAAGUACUUUGCAGUUGAGGUAUCAUAGGAGCAGCCUUUACUGCUCUGAUGUUCCAUCUAUUCAUCCCAUAUCUGAAUCUAAAGAUUGCCAUUUGCAGAGAGAUGGUUUUUAUGAAUGCGUAUUUCAGCCAAUCUUUCUAUUGUCCGGCUAUACAAUGUGGAUUAGAAUCAAUCACUCUUUGGGUUCACUUGACUCUCCACCAACGUGUGUUGUUCCUGAUUCUGUGGUGAAACCACUGCCUCCAUCCAGUGUGAAAGUGGAAAUUACUGUAAAAAUUGGAUUAUUGAAAAUAUCUUGGGAAAAGCCAGUCUUUCCAGAGAAUAAUCUUAAAUUCCAGAUUCGCUACGGCUUAAGUGGAAAAGAAGUACAGUGGAAGAUGUAUGAGGUACAUGAUGCAAAAUCCAAUUCUGCCAGCGUCCUGGUGCCAGAUCUGUGUGCUGUCUAUGCUGUUCAGGUGCGCUGCAAGAGGCUGGAUGGGCUGGGAUAUUGGAGCAAUUGGAGUAGUCCAGCCUACACAGUUGUCACAGAUAUAAAAGUUCCUACCAGAGGACCUGAAGUUUGGAGAAUAAUUAAUGAAGACACCACUAAAAAAGAGAGAAAUGUUACUUUACUUUGGAAGCCUCUGAUGAAAAAUGACUCAUUGUGUAGUGUAAGAAAAUAUGUGGUAAAACAUCAUACUUCCCGCAAUGGAACAUGGUCAGAAGAUGUGGGAAAUCACACUCAAUUCACUUUCCUGUGGACAGAGCAAGCACAUUCUGUUACAGUUCUGGCCGUCAAUUCAAUUGGUGCUUCUUUUGUGAAUUUUAAUUUAACAUUCUCAUGGCCUAUGAGCAAAGUAAAUACCGUGCAGUCACUCAGUGCUUAUCCUUUAAACAGCAGUUGUGUGUUUCUUUCCUGGAUAUUAUCACCCAGUGAUUACUCUCUGAUGUAUUUUAUUACUGAGUGGAAAAUUCUUAAUGAAGACAGUGAAACUAAAUGGCUUAGAAUCCCUUCAUCCGUUAAGAAGUAUUAUAUUCAUGAUCAUUUUAUCCCCAUCGAGAAGUAUCAAUUCAGUCUUUACCCAGUAUUUAUGGAAGGAGUGGGGAAACCGAAGAUAAUUAAUAGUUUUACCCCAGAUGAUAUUGAAAAACGCCAGAAUGAUGCAGGUCUAUAUGUAAUUGUGCCAAUAAUUAUUUCCUCUUCAAUCUUAUUGCUUGGAACAUUAUUAAUAUCACACCAAAGAAUGAAAAAGAUGUUUUGGGAAGAUGUUCCAAACCCCAAGAACUGUUCCUGGGCACAAGGACUUAAUUUUCAGAAGCCAGAAACGUUUGAGCAUCUUUUUGUCAAGCAUACAGAAUCAGUGAUAUUUGGUCCUCUUCUUUUGGAGCCUGAAGCCAUUUCAGAAGAUGUCAGUGUUGACACAACAUGGAAAAAUAAAGAUGACAUGGUGCCAACAACUAUGGUCUCUCUACUUUUGGCAACUCCGGAUCUUGAAAAGGGUUCUAUUGGUAUCAGUGACCAGCACAACAGUGCUGACUUCUCUGAGCUUGAGAGCAGCGUGGUAACCUAUGAGGAUGAAAACAGGAGACAGCCCUCUGUUAGAUAUGCUACCCUACUCAGCAGCUCUAAAUCAAGUGACAUUGAUGAAGAGCAAGGGCUUAUAAAUAGUUCAGUCAGCAAAUGCUUCUCUAGCAAAAAUAUUCUGUCCAAGGAUUCUUUCUCUAACAGCUCAUGGGAGAUAGAAACCCAGGCAUUUUUUAUAUUAUCAGAUCAGCAUCCCAAUAUAAUUUCACCACACCUUCCGUUCUCAGAAGGAUUGGAUGAAUUUUUGAAACCUGAGGGAAAUUUCCCUGAAGAAAAUAAUGGUGAGAGGUCUGUCUAUUAUUUAGGGGUCACCUCAAUCAAAAAAAGAGAGAGUGGUGUGUUUUUGACUGACGAGUCACAAGUGUUGUGUCCGUUCCCAGCCCAUUGUUUACUCACUGACAUCAGAAUCCUCCAGGACACUUGCUCACAACUUGUAGAAAAUCAUUUCAGUUUAGGAACUAAUGGUCAGAAGACUUUUGUAUCUUACAUGCCUCAGUUUCAGACUUGUUCUACUCAGACUCGGAAGAUAAUGGAAAACACAAUGUGUGACCUAACUGUCUAA